AAACCUUAAAAACCUCUCAGCAAUGGAUUCUUCUUCAAAUUUAAAUCCUCUUCGUGAAGAUACUUCAGAGGAUCAUCUAGAAGCUCCGGCGUCUGUCUUCGCGUCUCGUCCUCUUCGUCCUCCUUCUACGAGUUCGUCGGAGAAGUAUUCGCCUGUAGAAUGGACAAGCUAUUUUGAUAAAGAAGAUGAUAUAUCAAUCACUGGCUCUGACGAUGUGUUUCAUGUAUAUAUGGCAGGAUCAGAAGGACCUGUUGUCUUUUGUCUUCAUGGUGGUGGCUACUCUGGGCUCUCGUUUUCUAUAGUGGCAAGUAAAAUUAAGGAGAAAGCACGUGUGGUUGCGAUGGACUUGAGAGGACACGGUAAAUCGGUUUCAGAGAAUGAAUUGGACUUGUCGCUUGAGACUAUGAGCAAUGAUGUUGUGGCUGUGAUUAAGGAAAUGUAUGGAGACUCUCCUCCAGCUAUUGUGCUAGUUGGUCACAGCAUGGGAGGUUCGGUCGCUGUACAAGUUGCUGCAAACAAAACAUUGCCUAGCUUGGCUGGGCUUGUCGUUGUAGAUGUUGUUGAGGGUACUGCUAUUGCCUCACUAAUUCACAUGCAGAAAAUUCUUUCAAACAGAAUGCAACAUUUUCCCAGCAUUGAAAAAGCUAUUGAAUACAGCGUUAGAGGAGGGUCAUUAAGGAACAUUGAUUCUGCUCGUGUCUCCAUCCCCCCAACUCUUAAAUAUUAUGAUUCAAAGCAGUGCUACGUUUACCGGACACGUCUUGAAGAAACAGAGCAGUAUUGGAAAGGCUGGUAUGACGGUCUCUCAGAGAAGUUCUUGUCAUCUCCAGUUCCGAAACUCUUGCUAUUAGCUGGUACUGACAGGUUGGACAGGACCCUCACAAUUGGUCAAAUGCAAGGAAAGUUUCAGAUGAUCGUGGUCAAACACACUGGACAUGCCAUACAGGAAGAUGUACCAGAGGAGUUUGCGAAUCUAGUUCAGAAUUUCAUAUCACGUAACAGAAUUGGUCCUCAUGGUGUUGAGAUACCAGGAAUGUGGAAACCUUCACAACAACAGCCUAAGACUUGAAUCAGCCAUCGUGUGGGCUAUUCCCUUGUUUUGUUUUGUCAGCUUAUGAAUAAUAAAAACAAACCUUAAUG